AAUAGUCUCUUGUGAAUCGUUUUGUAGUGAACAUCGCGACAGGAUUGAUUGAAUACUAGUUUCAACUGGGUACUUAAUAUAUUUUCGAGAAUUCGAGACUUAGUGCUCUCUAAUAUUUGCGGCGUAGUGUUGAUUUCAAGGUAAAACAAAGAAAAUAAAGCAAAAUGUCGGAGCUACAUUUUGAUGAAUACGAAAAAUACAAUUUUGAAUUUGAUAAGCACAUGUUCUCUGGCCAUUCCGGAAAACAACGUUCUAAGAAGGAAGCUAGUGAGCAUACCAAUCAUUAUGAUCCCAGUGGCCACUCCCGGAAGAUUACGAUCAAGCUACGCAAUACGGAACAAAACAAGAAGGAUAAAUCCAAAAAUUAAAAUUCAUUGCCAACCAGCACCUGAAACGCGAUUGUAAAACUAGGGAAAAUUAAUAUGAAGACAUUUUGGCUAUACUACAAAUGGUACCCGAGGUAAUUUCACAUGUUAUUUUUGUCGUGAUGGAAUAAAUUUUGUUCCGCAUA